AUGAUUCGAACGUGGACAGUGAUGCGUUUUUAUGCAGCAACAACCGCUAGUGUACGGCUUUAUCGACAGUUCGGUGUAGUGAGUUGUGCGCAGCAAAAACUUUCUCCGUCACUAUUUGUACCGCCGCGUGGUUCUCGUACAUUAAGCGAACCGUCAGUUGAACAAUCAUCACCCACUCCGGUGAAGAAAUCCGUCGAACACGUUGAUGAAUAUAAAGAGUAUGGCGCUGAAGAUGAGUUGCUAAACAAUCGUAAAAGUAUUCCGAAUUUAAAAAUAUCAGAAUUGUUGAAAGAUUUGCCACGAUCCAAGCUGAGACCCGACCGUAAAGCGAGUGAGGAAUCAAGGGAAAGUAGCAAACCGAUCCACAAGAAAACCGCAAUCGAGAAAGACACACUCCAGAUGUUGCAGCACCGAUACCAGGAUUCGCGCGAAUCGGAGGAACGGUACGACAAGCAGUUAAAGGUACGCUACACCAUCCUACAGUCGAAUGAUGACCGGCACCGGGAUUUGAUGAUGCUGCUCGGAUCUCGCAAAUACCGGGAGCGGGAAAAGAUGCUCGUGCUCGAGGGUAGACGCUUGAUAAUGGAUGGCUACGCGGCUGGAUUGCGCUUGCAAGCGAUCGUGACGAGUGAUGUGAAGCUGCUGGCUGACCUUGGAUUUAAAUCCAAGAAGCAAAACUGUCCCAUAUUUCUUGUGAAACGGCAAACCAUGAUGGAGUGGUCAUCGCUAACAACCAGUCCGGGUCUAAUAGCCAUCUUUUCGGAACCAGCCAACCUGACCGAGCUAGUUGCCCGUAACGCCAAGGGUGGCAAACGACUUCCGGUAACGGUGGUUUGCGACAACAUCCGCGAACCGAACAAUUUAGGCAGCAUAAUACGCAGCUGUGCUGCCGUAUCCGUACAGGAAGUAAUUCUGCUAAAAGGUUGUGCGCAUCCCUGGGAUUUGAAAUGCUUACGUGGCGGAGCUGGGGCACACUUUCGCGUGCCUAUUUAUGGCCCGAUUGAAGCUUACCAGCAGCUGCCAGAGCACACGCGUCCUGGUUCAAUCUUUGUGGUGGCUGAUAACAAGAAGCCAACCGAUGAGCGUAAUGGGUUCCUGUGGAAACAGUACGAUCAGAUCGAUUACGGUUGUGCGGAUCAUGUGGUGCUGGUAAUCGGGGGCGAAACGUAUGGAGUGAGCGAAGACAUUAGGACCUUCAUUCAUCAGCUAACACAAACCGGAGAGGAAGGAUUGCAAGAUCGAAAGUUUGUGGCUCACAUACCGCUUGCGAAUGGAAUUGAAAGUCUCAACACAGCAUCAGCAUUGAGCGUUAUUCUUUACGAAAUGAGGCGAUCAUUACUGCAGAUGGAAAAUACUACAUAG